ACCCAUUUCGCCGAACAAAGGAUUUGCGCUCGAAUCUCGCUCAGCGCCGGGACCUAAAAUGGCGCCGGCGCGCCCGCCCCCGCCCUUUCCGCGGGCGCCAUAGAGACGGGGCGGGCGGAGCGGCCUCUCCUCGCCGCCGCUCUGUACGCGGGCGCAGGCCCGGCUCGCUGGUGUGGGCGGGGAGGUGCUGCCGCGGCAUGGCGGGCGAGGGCGACUCUGAGCCGGGGAAGUCCUUUAAACUCCUGGGAUUUCUUGAUGUUCAGAAUGUCCCAUGUGCACGAGAAUCAGUGCUCUAUGGUUCCCUGGGGUCUUUAGUUAUGGGUCUUGGACAUUUUUUAGCAACUAGUAGAGUUAGAAGAUCUUGUGAUGUUGCAGUUGGUGGCUUUAUUUGCACAAUGUUAGGAUACUGGUUUUACUGCAGGUACAACCUGGCCCAGCAAAGGAUCCGGCAAAGAAUGCUUAAAGAAGGAAUGAAAAACAGAGUUUUAUUUGAAGGCAGUUAUCUUGAUCCAGAAAAGGAACAAACGGGCAGUGAAAGAGGCGAUUCAUAGGUUGCUCUGGAGGAGUUGUGGUUUAAUACAUCUUUGGGAAAAGGCAGUCCAUAAACAAGUCAGUCUACACUGCAAGCCUGUGAGGUGUCUAAAGCUGGUAAAUAGUGGUUAUCCUAGCAAAUCUGAGCAGGAAAUUCAUAGUGAAUCUGUUAAAUCUGCACAAGACUUGCUUUGUUUCAUGUAUGUAUGUAUGUAUGUAUGUGACUGCACACAUUUAGAAUGAUGUUAAACAUCUGGGAGCUCAUGUGUUCUCUUGCAGGGUCUCAGAGGAUUAGUGAGACAGUGAUUUGGGAGUGCUUUAACUUCCAUUAUAAACAGAGUGUGGUUUGUUUUAGCAAAGUUGUAAUUACAUCUCAUUUAAAUGAAGGAAAAUAUUUCCAUCACCUGUUGAUGUGCAUCAACAAAUGUAUCCUUCAGGGCUAUUAUUAACACUGCUGUUUGUAAAACAGGAAUAUUUAAACAAUAGAAGAAGGCUUUGCUUGUGCAAGAUGGGUUAUAUCAACAGCCUUUGUAAGAUUUCAGCUGCAGGAUAACCAGAUAAUUUACACACACUGUGAAGCUGAAGGAUUUCCAUCUUUGUUCUGUCUGUUUGAAACUAUGAAUAAAAUCACACUUCAGAGUAGUCUAAACUAUGUAAGUAAAUAAUUUUUUACUUCAUUAAAAAUCGUGCUAUUUAAGACACUCCCCUAC